UUGGCUUUGGCUCUUUUGUAAUUUCCUUCUCGUUCCGUCUCUCCCAAAACAUGAAAAGAAGACCCCGUUUUGACGAGAUCACGGAUCGAAAGAGUGAUGUCACGGCCGAAAAUUCAAAAUUAGAAAAGCGUUCGAUCCGGGAGAGCGGUGCGCAAUUCCUCCAUCCGCCUUUCAAUUUUAUUUUUUUUUGGAGAGGAUAAGAAGAUGGGGGAAAGAAUGGAAGCUUCGGAUGGAAAGAGGAAGAAGCAACCCUGGGCUUAGCAAAGGAGAAAAGUCAAGUUGGGUGAGCGUGGGGUGCGGGAGAGAGAGAGAGAGAGAGAGAGAGAGAGAGGAAACGAAAUUGCUCGAGGGGAGGCAAGCGGGUGAGGCGCGUUGAGCCGAGCCUAGACGACUUGUCCCUCCUCUCCUUUCAUCUGCUUGCUGCUGCUGCUGCUGAUGAUGCUGGUGGUGGUGGAGCUAUCGACGACGUCCUGACUUCUUCUUCUUCUUCUUCCUCCUCCUCCAGCUCGCAUCCUCAUUCCUCUCGCCCCCUUUUCAGCCUUCUCCCUCUUUCCCGUCAAGAUGCCUGAUUCAUUACAAGAAGCGCAAAAACAGGAUGUGAACCCUGAGCAGCUCCCCCCGAGUGAAGAUAGCGAGUAUGUUAGGCUGGUUAUAUCCAAUGAGCCGAUAACAGGUGAAGCUGACAAUUUACGGCCUCAAACUGAUGACAGACUUCACAAUUUUGUGUGGUGGACCAAAACUUUGUCGUUGUUAACUAUUGUUAGUAUCAUUGUCCUCGUUUUCUUGAAUUGGGGAGUUCCAUUUCUACUGGAAAAGGUUCUCUAUCCAAUUAUGCAGUGGGAAGCCACUGCGUUCGGUCGUCCGGUUCUUGCCCUGGUGCUUGUUGGCUCUCUGGCUUUCUUCCCUGUAUUAUUAAUUCCAUCCGGACCUUCCAUGUGGCUGGCUGGAAUGAUAUUCGGAUACGGUCUAGGUUUUGUAAUUAUAAUGGUUGGAACAACUAUUGGAAUGGUCCUGCCAUAUUCAAUAGGACUACUGUUCCGUGAUCGCAUACAUCAAUGGUUGAAAAGAUGGCCCCGAAAUGCAGCAUUGCUUAGACUUGCUGGUGAAGGGAGUUGGUUCCAUCAAUUCCAAGUGGUUGCGCUCUUUAGGAUCUCGCCAUUUCCCUACACAAUUUUCAAUUAUGCAGUCGUAGUGACUCGUCUGCAUUUCUGGCCCUACUUGUCUGGAUCUAUUGCCGGAAUGGUACCUGAAGCUUUCCUUUACAUCUACAGUGGGAGACUAAUGAGGACAUUUGCAGAUGUGAAGAUGGGGAAUCAUCACUUGACCACGGCUGAAAUUGUUUACAAUGUUGUCUCUUUUAUUGUUGCAGUCGUCACCACAGUUGCCUUCACAGUUUACGCCAAAAGAGCCCUAAGUGAGCUCGAAAAGAAAGAGGCUAACGGGGAGGACUCCGCAUCUGAUGUUGGCAUUCUGGAGAUGGAGAAACUUUCCCCAGAAAGACCCACACGUACCAAUUCUUCGUCGCCUUCGAUGUAGAUUUUAGAUGAUCGAUACCUGUAAAUAGUUGAAUGUAUAGAAAAGGCUUUAGGAUUCUGUACCGUGGGCCAUUUAUUUUUCUCUCCUUUUCCCUCCACUGAUGUUCUAAAAUGGUUUUGUUGUUACUGUGAUAGUUGAGGAUAGUGGUUAAAGAUCUGCUCAGAGUGGAGCAUAUUUGCACAUUACAUGUUUGAAGAUCUAUAGCGGCUAGAAAUGGGGACUUCUGUGCAUUUCUUGGUUUUGGUGCUAUUUUUUUCUCGUCUUCACCCCUGAAGCUGAAAUGGACCUGUGUGAUUGCUUAAGCACCCUCUACAUGUAUCUCCUCUGUAUCUGACUAUGUGUUCUAAAGUAAGGAUCUACAUAUACUGGUGCAAGUUUUGUACUAAUUAUUAGCUAUUAAUUUGCUCCAGAUCUACUAAUUCCAAUAUAGACAUUGUUCGAAAUAGUAGUUGAUUAUUGGCUCUU